AUGUCCGAUGAUAUCCGCUUUUCACAUUACUUUGCGACUUCUGGGCUUUUACACCAGAAUUAUGACCCACAAGACUUAGCUAGGUCUUGCCAUGGUAAAGAACUCACGGGAUUUGAUGCCUUGUAUCAUAUUGUUAAACCUGAAUGUCACCAUCAUAACAUCCGAAACCAAAGAAUAAUCAAACAAUAUACUACAUGCAUUUGGAACAAUUAUGCCAAUAAGAAUUACUUUAAUGACCUAGCCAAUCAGGUUAACAGAAUUCUUACAAAUCAAACCCGUAUGCCUGACAUAGAACACACUCCUUUUACUAGAGCUAUCAUAGAAGCAGAAUUGGCAAUUGGAAAAGUCGAAAAAUUAACAAAAAUCGAAAUUGGCAAAAUCGAAAUUAGCAAGAAUCGAAGUUGA